GCAGCAGCGGCGCUCGGGCGGCCCCGGGCGCGUCAGUUCCGCGGGGCGGGCGGUGAUGGCGGGGCGGUCGCUGGCCGAGCGCUGCCUGGCGCGGCUGCUGCGGCUGCUGUCCCGCGCCGCCCUGGCCCUGCUGGCCCUCGCCGCCCCCGCGCCGCCCCGCGCCGUCCCGGCCCCGCGGCACCCCCUCCUGCGGCUCCCGGCGCGGCAGCUGGCGGCCCGCCUGCGGCUGCGGCAGGUGAAGUGCAUCGAGGUGGUGGAGGCUUAUGUGGAGAGGAUCAAGGAGGUCAAUCCCCUCAUCAAUGCCAUUGUUAAGGACAGGUUCGAGGAGGCCCUGCAGGAAGCCCAGCAGGUUGAUAAGCUGCUUGCAGAGAGCCCUGGCGAUGACUACCUGGAGGAGAAGUUCCCCUUGUUAGGCGUACCCAUCACCGUCAAGGAGGCCUUUUCUCUGCAUGGGAUGCCCAACACAUCUGGCUUGGUCAGCCGGCGUAAUGUGAUUGCCACCUCGGAUGCCACGGUGGUGUCCCGGCUAAAGCAGGCCGGUGCCAUCCCGCUGGGUGUGACCAACUGCAGCGAGCUGUGCAUGUGGUACGAGUCCAGCAACAGGCUCUACGGCCGGACCAACAACCCCUACGACCUGCAGCGCAUCGUGGGUGGCAGCUCAGGUGGAGAGGGUGGUGUCCUGGCAGCAGCCUGCUCGGUCAUAGGUGUGGGAUCCGACAUCGGUGGCAGCAUCCGGAUGCCUGCCUUCUUCAACGGAAUCUUCGGCCACAAACCCACAACAGGGGUGGUGCCCAAUGACGGUCAGUUCCCAAACGCUCAAGGGGUGCGGACCAGCUUCCUGUGCACAGGACCCAUGUGCCGCUACGCAGAGGACCUUGAGCUGAUGCUGAGGGUCAUGGCUGGUCCCGGAGUUGCCAAGCUGAAGCUGGAUGAAAAGGUGUCGCUGGAGAAAAUAAAAUUUCACUGCAUGGAUCAUGAUGGCGGGUCCAUUUUUGUGUCACCUGUGGACAAGGAGAUCUUGCAGGCCCAAAAGAAGGUGGUGGAGCACCUCGAAAGCAAGUUAGGGGUCCAAGUUCAGCGUGUGGCAAUCCACAAGAUGAAGUAUUCCUUCCAGAUCUGGUCAGCCAUGAUGUCAUCCAAGGAUAGUGAUGGGCAGGAUGCACAGCUUUUCACGGACCUGCUGGGGGACCAUGGGAAGCCGGUGUGGCCGCUGUGGGAGCUGAUGAAGUGGCUCGUGGGGAUGUCUUCCCACACUUUCCCAGCUAUUGCCCUGGGACUGACAGAGAAGCUGAUGAAACUCAAUCCUGGCGGGAACGCCAAGCUGGUGAGCAUGGGGAAGAGCCUGCAGGAGGAGAUGGAGGCACUGCUGGGACCAGAUGGGGUGCUUCUCUACCCCUCCCACCCCACCGUUGCUCCCAGGCACCACUCCCCCAUAUGCAUGCCCUUCAACUUCGCCUACACAGCCAUCUUCAACGUCCUGGGCUUGCCAGUGACACAGUGCCCACUGGGCCUGAACAGCGAGGGCCUCCCGCUGGGCAUCCAGCUUGUGGCCGCCUCCUACAACGACCACCUGACGCUGGCGGUGGCCCGGUAUCUGGAGAAGGCCUUCGGAGGGUGGGUUUCACCUGGCGAAGUUUAGUCGGGGCCUCCUGUCACUGCGGGGAGGCAAGGACAGAGACGAUGGUGCCCAGCGAGGUGGCGGCAGAUGCUGAUGCCUGAUGCCAUCAUGCCACUACCCAUUCCCCCUGCACCUACCUUAUGCCCUCCUGGGGAUGACCCUGGGUGCCUCCAGACCCCGGGGAAGCCCCUGGAGUUGUCUCCUCCCUGCAGCACCCUCUGCCAGGGGAGAGACCUAUUGUCUUUGUAGCCCCUCGGGAGCCUCUGUGCUGUGGGCUGGCAGCAGCCUGCCUGCGUCCCACCUGUGGCAGGGACCUGUCUUCUCCUGGGCAUGGAGAUGGCUGUCUCUCUGUAAUGCUCAGCACUUUGAAGCUGCGUAGUGGAGGCUGGAGAGGGGAGGUGCUGCCAGAUUGCUUGGGGACAGCAUUACCGUCGGGGUUCUCCAGGCGCAUCCAGCCUCCUCGGUCUUGCCCUGCCCCUGGGAUGCGCCGCAGGUUUGCUGGCCCCUGCAGCCUCCCUGAGCUGCCACAGGGCUUCCCCAACCCUCUAACCAAAAACGGAGAGGGGCUUUACACUUCAUCUCACCGGCUAUGCUUUGUGGGGGUGGAUGGUGCUGGGCUCUGCCACAUCUGAAGCUGUCAAGGAAGGGAGAAGGAGCUUUUGCUCUUGUGAGCUUUUGACAGCAUCGGAAGAGCUCUUGAAAUGCUGCAUUGUGUGUUGAGAAGUCUAAAGCAUCUCCUGCCCAUGUCUUCUUCCCCAUCGGUCCCAGGGGUUCCCCCAGCAUGGCUGGUAUCCCCUGCCGCUCAAGCGGGCACAGUCAGAAGCGUGGGCAGCUGGCUGCGCUGGGGCAGGCUGCACACCUGAGGUGUUCUCAGCAAGGUGAGAUUAAAGAUUCUGCUCAGUUCACUGCUGGCUGCAUAUCCUUGUCCUGACAUCUCUUGCCGUGCCAGCUGUGCAGCUGCCGGACCUCCAGACACCAACCCAGUCUCCAUGUGCCACAUGGGAUGUGCCAAGGCUGCCAAAUGCUGCUGGCUGUGGGCACAGCCCAGGGACAGCAUUGAGUGUGGCAGCAUCUGUCCCAGGGGUGGCACUCGACUGCUGCUGGGCUCUUUCUUGAAAAUGCCUGGGUUUGCAAAGUCUGCUCGGCUCCUGGCAGAGCUGAAGGGUGCUGGCAGGCUUCAGCAUGGCCACGAUCCAUGGCUCUGUUAGUCUUGUAGCGGUGCACCGUGUGGCACUCUCAGAAAGCAUCAACCCUGCUGCUUUUCCCCAGGGUGCUGCCGGAAGGUUGGGAUGCAUAGGGCAGUGCUGAGCUGUGCACAGGUUGCUUGCGGUCUCCAGGGCAACACAGGUCACAGCAGCCCAGGUCUGCGUGCCCAGCCUGCAGCACUGGUGUUGGCAGGGGUAAAAACUUCUGGUGGUGGCUCUGUGGGGACAGAGCUCUGUGGGGCUUGUGUCUGAUAUGCCGAGUCCUGCCUGUCCGCUGACUUCUGUCUACGAGCCACUAGAGGUCCCCGCGAGGGGGUCAUGAUCUGAGAGCAGCCGAGAUACUCAGUGGUGAGGGUGGGAUCAGCUGGGAUAAUGGAUGCUGAGGCUGGGUGUAGACGGGAUGCUGGGUGCUGAGGCUGGGAGCACCCGGGAUAAUGGAUGCUGAGGCUGGGAGCAGCUGGGACACCAGGUGUCAGGGUUUGAAGCUCCUGACAUGCUGGGUGCCAAGACUGGGAGCAGAUGAGAUGCUGAGUGCUGAGGCUGGAUGCAGCCGGGGUUCUGGGUGCUGAGGCUGGGAGGAGCUGGGAUGCUGGGAACUGAUGUUGGGAGUACCAGGGGUGCUGGGGCUAGGAGCAGUCAGGAUGCUGGGAGCUGAACCUGGGAGCAGCCAGCAUGCUGAGUGCAAAGGCUGGGAGGAGCUGGGACACCGGGAGCUGAGCCUGAGAGCAGCUGGGAUGCUGAGAGCUGAGCCUGGGAGCAGUCGGGUUGCUGGAUGCAGCGGCUGGGAGCAGCUAGGAUGCUGGCAGCUGAUGUUGGGAGCACCUAUGGGACCAGGUGAAAGGCUAGGAGCAGUCGGAGUGCUGGGUGUUGAGGCUGGGAGCAGCUGGGAUGCCAGGAGCUGAACCUGGGAGCAGGCGGGACGGUGGCUGCUGAGGCUGGGGGCAGCCAGGGUGCCGGGUGCUGAGGCUGAAUGAAGCCAGGGUUCUGGGUGCUGGGGCUGGGAGGAGCUGGGAUGCUGGGUGCUGCCCAGAGUGCAGGGCCAGGCUCUGCCUCACCACCUCCUCGCAGAGGGCACUGCUGAGCCAGUGCGGGGAGCUUCCCUCGGGCGAGACAGAUGAGACACCCUCAACAAGGAAGGAAGGAAGAAAAUUAGCCCUGACCCAGGAAACAGGGAUGAAGCAUGGCAGCAGAACGUCUGCCGCAGGCUCACAGCACCGGGGCUGAGGACACCAGCUAUCGGGGUCCUGGGACCCAGGCAGCUGCUGAUGCUGCUUCCAGCAAAUGCUCUGGGAUGCGAAUAUGGGAUUGCUGAGCUGAAGGCAGUUGCGGUUAACGGAGCGUGGUCUGCGUGGACACCACCGCCGCGUUUGCUCCAGGAGGUCCCUCUAAUGGCAGGGGCCAGGUGAGCGACGGCGUGGCCCAAGGUUCUACCUGCCUGGCGUGUUUGCAGAACAGCUCAGGCAAGCCGCUCCGCUCGGUGUAGCACCCAGCGGUACAGCGUAGAGCAGAGAGCAGAUGGAUGGGGCGUAGAGGGAUGAGCUUUGCCCUCAGCCUACUUCUGUCCCUCAGCUGCACCCUGCUCCAGGGCACACUGUUGCCUCCACGGGACGUGAAGCUGGAAGCACAAAACUUCCACGUCCACCUGCAGUGGGAGCCGGACCCUGUUUCGCCCAGUGGUGCCACGUACCAGGUGGAGUGGAGGAGACG